AUGAGUAAGUCCAGCACGCUGAAAGUCAAGAACUUGUUCAAAAUCAAAUCCCUUGAUAAGGAGAACAAGGAGCAGAAACAGUCGGGGACCCUCAAAGAUGCGUCCAGAGGCGGAGCGGGGAGCCCACCGGGCAGCUCCCUGCCGCUCAGCCCGGGGGACAACGCCACUCUGCCCGCCGAGGCUCUACCCGUCUCCCCGAAAGAAAAGAAGUCAAAGCGGCUGCAUUUGUUUAAGCUGAAACGAAAGAAAUCCAAGAAAGAAGAAGGAGGAGGAGGAGGAGAGGUGUUUUUCCCUGAUGAACUGGACAGCUUCAGCAGUAACAUGAGCUAUGACCAGAUGAGCGUUACCACAGAGUGCAGUUUCCGGACUGAAUCGGACUGGGACUUUCAUUCUGAGUCCACCUCCAUGAUCAGCUUCGACAUGACUCAGCCAUACAGCCCAACUUCUCCCUCCAAAUUAUUCAAGAAUUCAGAGGAAAAGAAGGGAGUGUUCAAUCGUAUCAGCAGCUUCUUCAGCUCCAAGAGGAAGAAGAGCAGUAGGCAGCAUUCAGACUCCUCUGCAAGUUCCCCAGCAUCCCCCUUAUCUCCACGUUCAUCCCAGUCUCAGGAGGAGGAUGGACAGAAGACUCCUACUCCUUCUCGAAAAGACAGUGGGCUGACAGGGCCGCAUUGUGCAGUAGCAGGGUACAGACUAGGAGCAGAGCAUGGGGACACCCACAGCCAAACCUCCAGUCCCAGCGUCUCGAGCAUGGCCUCUGUGGUGGCUAUUGAAGCAGAGCUCCCAUUCGCAGACAGUGACAGCAGCAGCAGUGUGAGGGAGGUGCAUGUGUGCAGGAUCAGCACAGGCAGCAGUGAAAGGAAUUCUGGCAACGCGGCUGCCGCUGCUCUGGAUCUUGCUUCUACCGCUGAACAAAGUGCUGAUUCACACUCGGAGUUAGGCUUCACAGAAUCAGUGGUGGAGGAAGUAAGCAAGAGGCUGCAGGUUAAUUUGGAAGGAAACGUUGUGAAGAGUUCCAGUGAAGAUGAUAUAGUCACCCCAACCACCAUGUCGUCUCUUCAAAUCCCCUUUUCCAAAACAGCCGAGGCCCCGAAAUCUCCUAAUUUAACCUCUAUAAGUUUAGCAUCCAAAUCAACUGUGGUGAAAAUUGGCGGGCACGGGCACAGCACUGCACUAACAGGAAUCACUUUAGGCUCCCAGUCAUCCACCUCACACAUCAUCAAAACUCAACAGGUGGAAAAGUCUCCAGAUGUAGAGAGGGAAGGCACAGGAGCCAGAAGUAGGCUUCAGACAUCCACCAGCAGCCUCUCUGGGGAAACUACAGCCACCAUAAGGAGCCCCUCACCUGAGAGAGAACAAGCACUCAGAGGUGAUUCUCCCAUCCAGCUCCACAAAGCCAUAUGGGUGGAAACACACCUGGGAGAGGAGGAGGUGGGGGAGGGUGAGAAAGAAAAGGAUAUAAUGAAACAAGGGGAGGAGGGCUUGAGAGCUGACUCGCCUCCCGUGCUGGCUAUACCUGUCACAGUAAUUCCUGAGGAUGACUUGGUGAGCCAGAGCGCUGCACACAGUCCUGCUGCCCCGUCACAGAUUUUGCCAGCUGGUGGCAGCUCGCCAGAAUCAGCCACCUCCUUGGCACCGACUACAAGAGAGCUCCAAACAAGCUCGCCACAGUUAGAGGAGCCUGACACUGGCAACGACUCAAAGCAGAGUUCACCUCAGGAGAAAAACAGAUCGACAGAAAUUCGUGUUACGCGCAAGACUGUGAAUCUGCCUUUGAAGCACAAGGUUUUUGCCCAGAAGGUGUACGUUAGCUCGGAGCCAAGUUUGGAAGAAGACGAGCUGGUGGGAGAGGAGUGCAGCGGAGAUUCCACUUCAAAGACCACAAACACAACAGAAGCACUGCCCAGCCUUCAAAACAACAACAAUGCAGAAUUUAAGGAUGCCAACCUUGAACUCUCCACAACAACAUAUGAGACUACACACUCUGGCACAAGUACUCCUGAACCCAUAGUAAAAGAAAAAACUGACUCUGAAGCUUCUGACUUUGAUGACACCUCUGCAGCUUCAGACAUGUACAAAACAAAGUCACAAGUCGUGGAAUCUGGGAUUAGAGGCCAAGGAACUACCAAGACUACUCUCUCUAAACGAGGGGUUAAAGGAGCUGCGGAAAGUCGGCAUACCGCUGCAAGUGGAACAAAGGCCCCAUCCUAUGCAGCUGGAGGCAAGGCCAAGAAUGUCAUCACAAAAGCAAAGGGCACCACAGAGGGCACAAAAGUGGAAAUUUCCAGUGAUAUUCCAUCACAAAGGGAGUAUAGCACAAGAAAGAAGAAAGAUGAUGUCACUCAAACAAGUGGCACCAACGUUAAAAAGGUUUCGUCUGGUCAGACAGACUCGGAGAGACCUGCAACAGUCCGGAAGCAGAGUCCAGAGCUGCUAGAAGAAAUUCCUGACGAGAGAUCUGGUAGUGAGACUCCACCUCCGCCCGCUGAAAGCCCCAAAAAAGGCCUGCCAUCAAUGAAGGGAUCCAGACACCUUUCCAAAAGCAGCAUCAGCCAUGAUGAGACUGUCACUCGGACAUCCUGUGUCUCUCCACCUCCCACCAAGCAAGACAAAACUGGCUCAUCAAGGCUUUCCAAACAGACUGAUCAUGCCAAACAGCACGUCAGAAUUCCUGGAAAGGAUUCAGUUGAGACUUCAGGAUCUGUGAGCAAGCUUCCUACAAGAGGUCACAGAAGCUCCAGCAAAGUAAAAUCCAAAGAGCCUCAAAACUCCAAAGAUGAAAAGUCUGAGGAUUUAAGUCAAAACACAUCCACAGAGACGACUGUCAAAACACCUGAGAAUGUUGUAGUGGAUCAGCUGAAUGACAGUGUCACUGAUGACAGAUUUGAAUUCAAGUCUGUGUCUGCAAAGGAAGAAGAGAACAUUAUAAAACUCACAGAUAAACAGACCGGUGCUGGUAAAACCAAACUGAACGAAAAAGAGACAAAAGAUUUAGAGGAGGUCAUAAGCAGUGCUACACCUGAGGAGACUUCAAAAACUCAGUCGUCACAAAAAACUGAUGCAACCACAACAGAAAGCACUGAGGUAAUCGUAGCAACAGGUACAGACCCAGGAGCUGGAGUAUUGCCCAGCAGUGAGGUUGACAAAGCAAUUCCAUCUCAGUCCCAAGUUUCUGAUGUAAGUAAUGCAGAGACUGAUAGAGGACAGCAUGAUGUUGAAAGAACUGAAGUUGAGAUUCUACCUAAAAAUGUGUCUGAUGUUCAAAGUGACAAUACCAUACAGGGACAGAAAGCACUGAUGUCAGCAAAAACCUCUCCAGAAGUAAAAGACAAAGAGAUUUUAGAGACGACCAAGCCCACAAGUAACAUGAAACUGGAUUUAAUCCAGGAGAAAGGGGCAAAUUCUAUAGCACUGGCUGAGGACACAGUACCAGCUCACGGGGAUGUAACUGAUAUGUCAGCCAAACCUGCUGUGGGUGACAGCAUUCACUGUGAAACAAAGACCCACUCUGAGCAGGAGGCUGCUGUGCCCGCAUGUAUUUCCCUCACAGAAAUAAAUACAGUCACCUCUCAAAAAGAGACUACCAGAAACAGUCUUCCUGCUGAAGAGCCUAAACUGAAAGAUGAACACUCAGGCGCUCUCCCUGCUGCUUCAGUGGAUGCUAACCUUGUCAAUACAGAGCAGCAAAAGGAGUUAUUGAAAGAUCAAACCACAAACGAAAAGGACAGAUUGUCCAACGCAUCAAGCAGAGAUUUAGUAAAAGACUUGGAGGUAGAAGAGAAAAGUAAAGACGAGGUUGGCAGGAAACCAGCAGAGGCUUUGGACAUUCAAACAGAGACUGUGACUGUUUCUGAAUUGCCCAAGAAUGUUGAAAAUGAGCCAGACAAAGAGGCUCUUUUACUUGGUCAACAAUCUAAGAGAAAAGUGAAAGACUCAAAACCAAAUGAAAAGCUUAAUGACGCAGCAGUGGAAACCAGUGACUCACAGAACAGUUGCAAUGUGGAGCUCAAGAGCAAAACCAUCGAGGGUGAAGCAGAAAAAGACAUUGCAAAUUCAGAGAAGCCAUCUCAGCUAUCAUCACAGGAGAAACGUUUGCAGCCUGAGACCAAGGAAGAACCACAGACAGUAGGUAGCCCUGGAAAAGAGGAAUCCAAAUGUCCAAAAUCUGAUCUUAAUCAGAGACAAGAGACAGUACAAAUAGAAGCUCCAGAGGAGGCGACAAAGAGCCAAAUACAAGAAGUAAAAGUUAGAAAUUCCAAAACUCAGAGGGAUGAGGAAGCUAAUGAGAAAACUCAAACCAAGGACACAUCAGUAGAGAGUUUGGUAAAUGAGAAAACUAACAAAAAAGGUGGUGCAGAGCAAAAACAAAAGCCCACUACUGGUUUAAGUGAAAUACCCAUUCGUACUGAUGCUGAGAAUAAUGAUAAAGAUGGCAAAGAAACAACAAAGACAGAUGAGUCAGCAACCCUGACUUUUGCUAAUGGUAAUACAUUGAGGCACAAACUGCAGACUUCAAGUGAAGAACAAAAGCUUCCAAAGCCAACAUUUGACAGUUUUUCACUUUCUGUUUCUGGGAAAUCAUUGGUACCACCUCAAAGCCUUCAGCUAAAGACAGAGUCUCCAUCUAGCUGGUUGGAUGUGGAACAUCGCCCUCAACAGAAGAAGGAACACAAAAGAAAAAUGAAUGCAUCAGGUAGUGAAGAUAACUUAUUAGAGCUUGAUGACUUUGAUGAUUUUAUCAGAAGCAUUAAGGAGGGAGGAAUUCCUUUUUCACAUCCUCCAAAAAGACGCAUUCGUAGAAAGUCCCCAUCUCCUCCCUUUGCCAUGCCAGCCAUCAAGGAGGACCAUUUUGAGAGAACAUUUGAUCCUGAGCAAUUCCAAUUUGGCUUAAGGAAAAAUGGCAGAAGUCUACUGGAUCUUUCACCAGCUAUGGUGCUUAAACAAAAAGCAGCUAAUAGGGAAGGUCGGACCCUGGAGAAACGAUCACAAGACAACUUGCCCACAUCAAAACACCAAAUGAAAACCCUUGAUGAGGUAGAAGGAAAGGAUGGAGUCACUGAGGGGACAAGAGUUGAAGCAGGAAAAGAAGAAGGGCAAAACAAUGGAGAAGAACGUGGGAAGCUGUCGUCAAGACUUGAAAGAAUGUCCAUCCUCUCCAGCUUGCUGAGUUCCCCUCGUUCCCUCAGGAAGACCAAAGAGGAAACUACCCUCACCUCAAAUAGCAAACAUUCGCCCAGCCAGCAGCAGAAGCUGCCUUCACAUGGGAAGCUGGGAGUUACAGACUCACCUCUGCCCGACAUUAAGGCUGAUAAUGGAGAUGUGACAAAUGCAGGUCAAAGCCCAUCUACAGGCGGUGAUAUAGGUACAGCUGGUGAGUCAGCGCCUAGCCCUUCCUCUGCUCCUCCUCCACCCUUGUUCUCAGAGAUGAAGCUGCCUGAUCAUUUAGAGAAAUACCUCAAGAAGAACAAAAGGGAGUCAGAGACCUCCCAGGUCUCUACAAAGAUGACUGAAACAGACCUGAAUUUGAAGGGGAGUAGGGCUAUGGACCAGGCCUCAGCAGCAGGUGUACCUAAUGUGGACAUUGGCCUGAAGGGCCCUGCAGGGCAGCCUCCAACCACAAACUACAGCCAGAAGACCUCUCGAAAUGGACUUUCUACUACAACAAAGGUACCUGUAGAAAGAGGUUUCCACAAAAGGCCUGGAAAGAUCGUCAUUCAUGAACAAGCUCAGUUUGGAGGGGAGGCGUUUCAAUUCUACCAUGAUAUAGAAGAUGCCACCACGAUGAAGCUGUCCCCUGUCAUAUCAGUCAGAGUCAUCAGAGGAUGCUGGCUCCUCUAUGAAAAACCUGGCUUCCAGGGUCGCAUCAUUGCCCUCGAGGAAGGUCCUACAGAUCAAAUAGUGAAUAUGUGGGCAGAGGAGGGAACUCCAGAAACACUAGACCAGAUGGGGCAGCCGGUUCCAACUGCACCUAUGGUCAUCGGUUCAGUCCGAUUGGCAGUCAGGGACUAUAGCAUACCCCAAAUUGACCUGUUUGCAGAGGUGAAUGGCUUGGGCAGGAUGUCAUCGUACUGUGAUGAGGCAGUAGAGAUUAGCUCCUAUGGGAUCCCACAGACCACCGGCUCCAUUAAGGUCCACUCAGGAGUCUGGCUGGUGUACACUGAUCCAGGGUUUAAUGGAUUCGUAGGAGUGCUGGAGGUGGGGGAGUAUCCCUGCCCAGAGACCUGGGGAUUCCCUGAGCCUUUCGUUGGCUCUCUCAGACCCCUCCGAAUGGGAGCAAUAAGGGUGGAGCAUCCUAAUGAAGUCAAGGCCUUAGUGUUCGAGAAGCCGAACUUUGACGGACAGUGUAUGGAGGUGAACGGUGAUGUCUACAACUUGCAAGAACAGGAAGAAAAGGAAGAAGGCAAAGCUGAUGUGGACAAGAAGGCAUUGUCUGCAGUGGGAUCUAUAAAGAUACUUGGUGGUCUCUGGGUAGGCUAUCAAGAGGCAGACUUUGAAGGGCAGCAGUACGUCCUGGAGGAGGGGGAGUAUCCUCACUGCAGUGACUGGGGAGGAGCUGAGGAUGGACUGCAGUCACUUCGGCCUGUUGUCACAGAUUUCCUGUCCCCCCACCUGAAACUGUUCAGUGAGCCGAACUGCAAUGAGAUUGGACUCAAGGUGGACCUGCUGGGCCCCGUCGUCAACAUGGAGGGCGUCGGCCAUGGAGUCAAAACCCGGUCUGUCCACGUCACCAAUGGAGUGUGGGUAGCAUUUGAAAAGCCUGGAUUCAGUGGAGAGCUCUACAUCCUGGAGAAAGGCUUAUAUGCAAACCCAGAGGACUGGGGAGCGAAGCACUUCAACAUCUCAUCCAUACAGCCCGUCUUCCACGAUACACUGGUGGGAACAACUAAAUUCAAGGUCCAGCUGUACUCUGAGCCAGACUUCCAGGGCAAACUGGUGGCUCUGGAGGACAGCUCAGCAGCUCUGGCUGAGGACUUCUCUCCCAGGUCCUGUAAGGUGCUGGCUGGCAGCUGGGUGGCGUAUGAAGGAGCCCGGUUCACAGAAAACAUGUAUGUCCUGGAGGAGGGAGAAUACCCCAACACAGAGGCCAUGGGCUUCCUGUCGUCAGACUGUCACAUUCGAUCCAUACAGACUGUAGGACAUGAGUUCUCUCUGCCCUCCAUCAUCCUGUUCACUAAAGUGGGCUGCAGAGGUCGCAGGAUGAUGCUGACAAGCGGAGCUGUAAACCUGCUGCAGGCAGGCGGCGACGCACAGAUACGCUCCCUGGUGGUAGACGGAGGAAUGUGGGUGUUGUAUGAAGGCACUAACUACAGAGGUCGGCAGCUGCUUCUCCAGCCCUGUGAAGUGGGAGAUUUGUGCCAGUACAGCGGCUGGCAGCGAAUAGGAUCCCUCCGUCCAUUACUCCAGAAACAGAUGUACUUCCGUCUGCGGAACAGGGACACAGGAUGUGUGCUGUCUCUGACAGGAACGCUGGACGACAUCAAGCUGAUGAGGGUUCAGGCUGUGGAGGAGACAGGAGGGUUAGAGCAGGUCUGGCUCUAUCGGAAUGGACAGCUCACCUGCAAGCUGGUGGAGGACUGUUAUCUGGAGACGGCGGGCAGCAUGGUGAUGGCGGGCUGCCGGCUCUGCGUUUCCCCUGAGCGAGGCAAAGACAACCAGCUGUGGAGCAUCACCCCGGACGGUCUGGUGCGCUCCCACCUCAAACCUGAACUGAUCCUGGAGGUCAAAGGUGGUCAUCAGUACGACAAGAACCAGGUGAUCCUCAACACAUUUGAUGAAAGGAAACUGACCCAGAGGUGGACCUUAGAGAUCCUGUGAUGUGAUGAGCUUCAGCCCAUCAGAGAAGCUCUGUUGUGGCCCUCUCAGCUCACUGCAGCUCUAUGAGGAGACUGGGCCCUGCGGUGUAGCUCCACUGUGGAACCCACAGCACAGAGAUGUACCCUGUAGUGGGGUUUGCACUUGUUUGUAGCAUUUUUACUUGUGUUGAGGCGGGUAACCAGUGCCUGGAUCAACAUCAUAACCAUUAACCCAACUUUGAACAUGCACUCACACAGCAUUCGAUGAAAUAAUGUUUUGUGUUUUCAGAAUAAAUGAGCGAUGUAAAAUGUUUUGCUUUUUUAGCCAUUUAGAUUCCAAACACUGCAUACCAAAGACUCCUCUCCAUGUUUUCACUGCACGUAGUGAGAACUCAGCCCUGUCUCAAUGCUGCAAACCUUUCUCCAACCUUAUGGUACUUCUACAUGGUUUCUCAGUCAGUUUUCUGAUCAUCAUGUUGGCAAAUAUGAAUGUAUACUGACAGCUGCAAUAUGAAGUCUGACGUGCCUUCACUCCAAAGAUUUCUGUAGAUUUAGAUGUUUUCUUUUUGUAAUUACUGUAGAUCAGAACGAUCUAUUGUAAAGUUUUGAUAUCUUUCUCAGCCUUUAUACGUUUUUACACGUUUACACAAAGUGUACUUUACUGCAUUAGCGUGUAUAUAAGCAUCAAGUGUAUAGAUGGAGAUUACAUUUUAAAACACAUGCUGCCCACUGUUGAUUGUA